AUGCUGAAGCCUGUAGGCAGAAUAUUACUGACACAUAGACUCUCCGUUACGGAAUGAAUAUAGUUUACUGUCUCGAUGAAUUAGCCUUGGAGGAAAUUUAGUGAAACAUUUGCCUUAUAUAUAAGCCUUAUUUUUCACACCGGAGAACAUUUUUACGACGCGGGGAAUCAGCCACUGCCUCAAUGGAAAUAUCGUCCUGAUGCUUUUUCCUCUCAUGAGCUGCUUCACUGGACAACUAAGAUAGAAAAAAAAAACUAUUUUCAACCUCUUAUUUGAUUUUUUUUCUUACUGUCGCUGCGGAUAAAUAAUUUCUUAACGCAUGGUGCUGUGAUAUAUCCUCUUAUAAAACUGUAGGGAUAGUGGACAGACGUCACACGGGCAUAGCAACCUCUCCGUGAUGGAUAAUGCUCAUACUAAGACGGUGGAGGAGGUUUUGGGCUUCUUCAGCGUGAAUGAGUCUACAGGUCUGAGCUGUGAGCAGCUGAAGAAGAACAGGGAGAGAUGGGGACCCAACGAACUGCCAGCUGAAGAGGGAAAAUCACUCUGGGAGCUGGUCUUGGAACAGUUUGAGGAUCUGCUAGUCCGCAUCUUGCUGCUCGCUGCGUGCAUCUCCUUUACCCUGGCAUGGUUCGAAGAAGGAGAGGGGACGAUCACAGCCUUUGUUGAACCCUUCGUCAUCCUCCUCAUCCUCAUCGCCAAUGCUAUCGUUGGAGUAUGGCAGGAGCGUAAUGCAGAGAACGCCAUCGAGGCACUGAAGGAGUACGAGCCUGAGAUGGGAAAGGUUUACCGACAAGACAAGAAGAGCGUCCAGAGAGUCCGAGCCCGAGACAUAGUCCCUGGAGACAUUGUGGAAGUCGCUGUGGGUGAUAAGGUCCCUGCAGACAUCAGGCUGACGUCCAUCCGCUCCACCACCCUGAGGGUGGACCAGUCCAUUCUGACGGGGGAGUCUGUAUCGGUGCUCAAACACACAGAUCCUGUACCCGAUCCCCGAGCUGUCAACCAGGACAAGAAGAACAUGCUCUUCUCUGGGACCAACAUUGCAGCGGGGCGAGCCAUCGGCGUUGUCGUGGCAACAGGGGUGCAGACAGAGAUCGGGAAAAUCCGGGAUGAGAUGGCCUCCACUGACCCUGAAAGAACCCCGCUGCAGCAGAAACUGGACCAGUUUGGAGAACAGCUGUCGAAGGUGAUCAGUGUGAUCUGUGUGGCCGUUUGGGCGAUCAACGUGGGACACUUUAAUGACCCGGUGCACGGAGGCAGCUGGCUGAGAGGAGCUGUUUACUACUUCAAGAUCGCUGUCGCCCUCGCUGUAGCUGCAAUACCUGAAGGUCUCCCUGCUGUCAUAACGACCUGUCUGGCUCUGGGCACGAGGAGGAUGGCAAGGAAGAAUGCCAUCGUCCGCAGCCUGCCGUCAGUGGAGACGCUGGGCUGCACCUCAGUGAUCUGCUCGGACAAGACGGGAACUCUGACCACCAACCAGAUGUCCGUCUACAGGAUGUUCGUUGUAGACAGUGUGUCAGGAGAGCGCUGCCGACUGAACGAGUUCUCAGUGACUGGAUCUACUUACGCCCCUGAAGGGGAAGUUUAUAAAGAUGGCUCCCUGGUGAAGUGCAGUCAAUAUGAUGGAUUGGUGGAGAUGGCCUCCAUCUGUGCUCUGUGCAAUGACUCAUCACUAGACUACAAUGAGGCAAAGGGAGCAUUUGAGAAGGUUGGGGAGGCCACAGAGACCGCCCUCUGCUGUCUGGUGGAGAAAAUGAACGUGUUUGAUACUGACCUGAGAGGACUGAGCCCGUCUGAGAGAGCUACAGCCUGCUGCUCUGUGAUAAAGCAGCUGAUGAGGAAGGAAUUGACGCUGGAGUUCUCCAGAGACAGGAAGUCCAUGUCUGUCUUCUGCUCUUCCAACAAACUCACCCGCUCUGCAUCUGGAGCCAAAAUGUUUAUAAAGGGAGCUCCAGAGAGCGUGUUGGAGCGCUGCAACUACGUCCGUGUCAGCGGCACAUCCCGUGUGCCUCUGAGCGCGGCGGUUCGAGAGCAGCUCCUGUCCAAUGUGCGGGAGUGGGGAUCAGGAAGAGACACACUGCGCUGCCUCGCCAUGGCAACAAGGGACGCACCCCCUGACAUCCACAGCCUGAACCUGGAGAACUCAGCUGGCUUCUGUAACUAUGAGUCUGAUCUGACCUUUGUGGGCUGUGUGGGCAUGUUGGACCCCCCCAGGAAAGAAGUCCUCACUGCGGUCCGAAUGUGUCGGCAGGCUGGCAUUAGAGUCAUCAUGAUCACAGGUGACAACAAAGGCACCGCCCUGUCGAUCUGUCGCAGGGUUGGCAUCAUCACAGAGCAGGAGGAGGAGGACGGCUCAGGGUUCAGCGGGGGUCUGACGGGCCGAGAGUUUGAUGAGCUGCCUCCUCACAUUCAGCGUCAGGCCUGCAGGACGGCCAGGUGCUUCGCCCGGGUCGAACCGGCACACAAGAGUCGCAUAGUGGAGUACCUGCAGAGCCUGGGUGACAUCACGGCCAUGACGGGUGAUGGGGUGAACGACGCGCCGGCGCUGAAGAAGGCCGAGAUCGGCAUAGCUAUGGGCAGCGGCACGGCCGUGGCAAAGUCGGCUUCAGAGAUGAUCCUGGCUGACGACAACUUCUCCACCAUUGUGGCCGCUGUCGAGGAGGGCAGAGCCAUCUACAACAACAUGAAGCAGUUCAUCAGAUACCUGAUCUCCUCCAACAUCGGAGAGGUCGUCUGUAUUUUUCUGACCGCUGCGCUCGGCAUGCCUGAAGCUCUUAUCCCGGUCCAGCUGCUCUGGGUAAACCUGGUCACCGAUGGUUUCCCGGCUACCGCUCUGGGCUUCAACCCUCCAGACCUGGACAUCAUGUCCCGCCCUCCCCGCUCCCCCAAAGAGCCUCUGAUCUCCGGCUGGUUGUUCCUCCGCUACCUCAUUAUUGGAUGCUAUGUUGGAGCAGCGACUGUCGGAGCAGCGGCCUGGUGGUUCAUGGCAGCACACGACGGACCCAAACUUACCUUCUUUCAGCUGUCUCACUAUCUGCAGUGCAGUGAAGGACAUGUUGAGUUUGCUGGUGUUCAGUGUUCAGUCUUUGAGUCUCCUUACCCCAUGACCAUGGCGCUGUCCGUCCUGGUUACCAUAGAGAUGUGCAAUGCCUUGAACAGUCUCUCCGAGAACCAGUCCCUGCUGAAGAUGCCUCCCUGGUCGAACCCCUGGCUGGUGGGCGCCAUCUGCCUGUCCAUGGCUCUACACUUCCUCAUUCUUUAUGUCGACCCCCUGCCGGUGGUAUUCCAGAUCCGCCCUCUGUCGUGGCCUCAGUGGGUGGUGGUCCUGAAGAUGUCGAUCCCCGUCAUCCUGAUGGACGAGGUGCUUAAGUUCCUCGCCCGAAACUUCAUCGAGCCAGGAAGCCAGAUCCAGUCGCUGGAAGAGGAGGAGGAGGAGCUGCAGAGGACAGGGGCGAGCACGGGAUUGGUAGGUGCCGUGGUGACGAGGCUGCGUCAGUCAGUGAAGGGCGUGUCCUGGUCGUUCGUCAUGAUCUCUGCGCCUCUGAUAAUCUGGAUCUUCAGCCUGGACUCUGACAUCACCAACAUCUUCUGGGAGUGAUGAGAGAUCAGAGAGGUUCGAUGGACUGUGAGAGAGGCAGUGAUUGAAGAAAGAGGAAGAAGACCAAAAAGCAGAGGAUUGUGGGAUGUUGUGAAGAAGAAUGAGGCGAGGUGAGAAGGCGAGCAAAGGCGAUAAACACUUUGCUACCAUGCAGGAAUGUAAGAGGUGAAGAGUGAAAAAAAUUACCCGACUGAAAAUCAGAAAACAACGAGAAGGAACAUCUCUGUGUCCGUAAAAAGGUGCUCUGUGUAACUGAAGGUUUGUCAUUAAAUUCUCGCAGAGUUGUAUGGCCACGCCUUUUUUGGCUCUAAGGCGCCAACAUGUCAGCUUGAUCAACUGAAAAACAUCCUUGUCAGCAGCCUGAAACGCUGUGCGUCAGUGCUAAUACAGCAUGCUAACCUUUGCAUCAUAAAACUAAAUUAAUCCACUGACACGGGUAGAAGUAAGUCGACAUAGCGAGCAUGAACACAAAGGUCACCGGCCUAUAAAAUAGUUUUCCCGAUACCAGAAUUUUAAACUUUGAUCUGAAACUCUAACGAUAUCUCUCCCUGUUUCGAUACCGCAGCAACAAAAAAAUGACCUCCUGCGCACCCAAAAUUAUUUUGUAAAUGAGAUAUAUCUCAAAAUAAAUGAUGUCCCCUAAAUGAUCUUUAAUAAUCCAGAAGAAGUGUGUGCUGGUGUCUCUAUCUGACAUUGUUUUUUUCGCCAUCUGUAUUUUCUUUUUUGGCACAUUCAUGGGCGUCAGUGUUUGUGCAUCUGCUUGAUGCCGCGCCACUAAAAACCAAUCGGUGUUUAGAUUUCCCGACUACCUGAAAUGCAUCAUACCUCCAUUUAACAAACAUUUUACAAGUUGUUUUCUUUCACCUUAAAGACAGACUUGAUACAGCUUGUACUUUUUGAUUUUAUAAGUGUGCAUCGUGAUGUUAUUUCAUCAUACAUGCUAUUCCAAAGCACCUGGAAGUCGUCUAAAGCUAACUGCUGGCCACACCAGAAUUACAAAGAAUUUGAAGUCCGUUCCCCAGAGGUAUAUCUCGUCUGUCAUGCGGAGAUUGCUGAUUGGUCCUAACCAAACUGAAUUUGACACCUUCCUGCAUGUUUUUCGCUGAGGUGUGGACGUGUUCAUACAUUUUUUUAAAGAGUGAAACUGCUGUUAAACAACCAGAAAAUAACAUCUUAUUAUCACUGCUUUGUCAUGAGCGGCGCUCUCUCCCUCUUCUUUAUCUCGAUGUCACUCUGGAUCUGUUUUGUUUAUAAGCUUUGGUCAUUUUCUUUACCAUCGAACGUAAAAGCAACAGAGAUUUUAUUGUUUAACACACCUGGUUUUGAAAAGUAUUAAAUAUUGUUAAAAACAUUACAGAGUCACAGGCGAGUCCUUAAGGGAGUCAUCAUUCUUGCAAAACUGUAAACGAAUGCAUAAACAGAUCUGCAGAUAUUUACACUAAUUAGUUCAUACUUACACAGUUCUUAAUGGAUCUAUUUACGCAUUUACAAACAGUUUGGCACCAAUUAUAUCUCCCUAGAGCAAUAAAACCGUCACUCACACCGAUUAGUUUUGUUAUCAGGUAUACAUGCCUUAUAGGUCAGGCUGUAGUUACACCACUGUUUGAUAUUUGAUGACUUUAGAUGAUCUCUACUACAAACAAACUGAAGACAAAAAGCUACACAUUGCACCUUUUCUACGAGAGGUCCAAGCGGACAUGCAUCAUUCCAUCAGUACAUUUUACAUCCCGUGAUAAAGAGUCAAUUCUCUCAAGAUGUCUUCUUAUUUAUCCCGUCAUCUUGGGGUUACAUCGCUGGUUUUCUCGUUAUAACGGGUGAAUUUCAGUUGUUGUGUAUGUGUGUGUGUGUGUGUGUGUGUGUGUGUGCGUGCAAGACAUCAAGAAUUUAACUUGUUAGGGAGAUCUUGAGAAACAAAAGAAAUUAACUUGUUAUCACAGGACAACGGAGUAAAAUUAAAAUGUGUGGAUGUAUGUCCACUUACUGGCUUUUCAGGGUUAAUUGUCUGGUUGAAAAGUGAGCGUAUUACAGCGGGAAAAGAGAGAAAGCGUUGGUUUGUCCAGAGUCGAACACGCACACAAAAACACACACAAACCGACCCUACGUCCACUAUGUAAUUCACCAGUAAUAACAUGCUCAGCGAGAUGGAUGAGAUGUACAGUAGAAUCCCUCUUAAGAUCACUGCAGCGUACUUCAUGCUGUAAAAAAAACACAGUAAUGUCCGCAAACAAACAUUCAAACCUGCGUGGAAGGACUGGUAGAAUGCAUGUCAACGCACGUCACUCUUUUCUAACAUGUUUCAAACGAUCGGCCCAAGUCUGUGUGUGAGUCAGAAACGCGUUAUUUUCCUGCAGUCGGGUACAUGCAAGUAUGUACACAAAAAAAAUUUGCUUCAAAUAUCUAAAUGUUGAGAGUAGAGUUCACACAUCUCAGAAUUUAGAUCGUUGAAGGCCAGUUGCUCAGACCCUCACACUGAUUUAUGGUUCAGGACCCUUCACUCUGUCUUUUCUUUUCUUACUUUUACGCAGCUCUGUAAGUAGAUUUCCUUAGCCGGCAGCCGCAACACAGGCUGUGAUGGCCUCGACAUAAUCCUUGGUGGCAAACGUUGCUGCUCAAAGUGCGUCAACUAAAAGUGCUUUGAUCGGAUUGUCUCAGAAUCCCUGCAGAAUUAGACCCUUUCGUCGACAGAAACAUCCAUUGCAACACAAUCUUCAAACUCACCACUCCGUUGAUAAAAACUGCGAUUUUGCAUCACAGAAUAAGGGGGGUGUUGUGGCGCCGUGUGGCCCAGCGGUUUAGUCACACGCCCCAUCUACAGAGGCAGUGGUCCUCGUCGCAGCGACCGUUGGUUUGAAUCCUACGGCCGCUGCACGUCUUUCCCCACUCUCUCCUCCCAACACUUCCUGUCUCCUUUCAGCUGUCCUAUCUACUACAGGUCAAAGUGGCCUAAUAAUUGAACCCUAACACUAAGUCAAACACUAACAGACAUCUGACUGGAAACUUGUGUUUUCAAAUCAGCUAAAUCGCUCUUUUUGUCAUCGGAGUUUGUUUGCUAUUAAGAGCGGGAUUUAACCGUGUGUUGUCUCGUAAAAAUCAUCUUCUGCCUCCACAAAAAGGUAUGCAUUUUCGAUCAGGCAUAUUUCCCGCAUAAAUCAUGUUGCCGCCAUUACAGCCUGUUUCUAGGCUGCAGUCUGAAGCAAUAUAUUGAAGCGACUGUAAAACUUUUGUACCUAUUAUUAGUCCUUUAAACCCCAAAAUAUGUAAUUAAAGGGUCUUUGAGCCUUCACACCAGGAUGAAGGAAUUCAGUUUAUCCUGAUUAAAACACUUUGAUUUAUUAUUUCUAUUCAUGGUUAGGGGUAAGAGCGUGUUGUUUAGGUAGAGUCAGUAUCUAAUAAUGUCACUGCUACAUGUGUGGACUCAUGGUUUUUGGUGUAUUUGUACUUUAUUUUUAUCACUCUUGCUCUGCAACACUUUUUGUCGCUUUCUUUGUUUUCUUUGCUUUUGCAGUUUCAGACGCAGGAUUUCAGUCUGUUUUGACCAACAGAAACCUGAUUACUUAAUCUUACCCUCUUCAUGCGCUGAACCUGACACUGAGGGUUAUGAUGAAAUGAUGUUUUGUUCUUUUUUUUUUAUCAGUGGCCUGUCUGCCAUUUUCUCUGGUGAUGUCAUUGUGACAUCCGUUUGCCAUUGAAGGGAUUUUUUUGUAUCUUUUAUUCGAUGUUGAUUCAUGUAUUCCUAGUAACUUUUGUUUCGUCACAUUUUCCACGAUGACCACGGUGAGGGGGAAACAAAUGCUCGUGUUAUGACAGGUAAUUGAAAUAAUUAAAUUGUGAUUAUAUCCUCA